GUAGAUAUGUUUGACGACUUCUCGGAAGGCAGAGAGUGUGUCAACUGCGGGGCCAUGUCCACCCCGCUGUGGCGGCGGGAUGGGACGGGACACUACCUGUGCAACGCCUGCGGCCUCUACCACAAGAUGAAUGGCAUCAACCGGCCCCUCAUCAAGCCCCAGCGCCGCCUGUCCGCCUCCCGCCGAGUGGGCCUCUCCUGCGCCAACUGCCAGACUACCACCACCACUCUGUGGCGCCGCAACGCCGAGGGCGAGCCCGUGUGCAAUGCCUGCGGCCUCUACAUGAAGCUCCACGGCGUCCCCAGGCCUCUGGCGAUGCGGAAAGAGGGGAUUCAAACCAGAAAACGGAAGCCCAAGAACCUUAACAAAUCGAAGACACCAGCAGGUCCCUCGGGCAGUGAGAGCCUCCCUCCCACCACCAGCGCUUCCAGCAGCAGCGCGGAAGAGAUGCGUCCCAUCAAGACAGAGCCUGGGCUGUCAUCCCACUAUGGGCACGGCAGCUCCCUGUCGCAGACGUUCUCGGUCAGCGCGAUGUCUGGCCACGGGUCCUCCAUCCACCCAGUCCUCUCGGCCCUGAAGCUCUCUCCGCAAGGUUAUGCGUCUUCUGUCAGCCAGUCACCGCAGGCCAGCUCCAAGCAGGACCCUUGGAACAGCCUGGCCUUGGCUGACAGUCACGGGGACAUAAUCACUGCAUAAUGUCACCUCCUUCCCUCCUUGGAUUCCUGCAUGGACUUGGGACUCGGAGGACAGCAGAGAUGAGGCUCUGGGCUCCCAGGGGCCGGCCUGCUCUGUCUGGGAAUGACUCCAGACAACAACUGGGAAGAAACUUGAAGUCAAUGAUUUGGUUAGGGGAGCGGGCGCUGGAUUUUAUUGGAUAGCUUUUCAAGGUGGAGGACUGGAGAGAGCGCAGACUCUGAUCUGGAAGACCCCCCCCCCUUCACUAGGAGCACACUUUAAGCCCCUUCCACGGAGUUGCAGACUCUUUCGCAUUUUCUGCCUCACCACCCCUGACAAGAGACGAGAUGUCCUUCUCCCUUGUCUUUCCACCGCUGUGGCCCGAAAUGGUGGUUUUUCCACGGUGUUCCCGGCACGGGGGAUCCGAGGGCAGGGUGCCGGGGCCCCUGCUCCAGCCUGAAUCAUGGUAUCUGAUGGACAUGUGUUUGGACGGACGCCUUGGCCCCUCGGCGGGUCCUGCCCUCGCCCAACACUCCCCUUCCGGCUCGGCACACCUGCAUCCCUCAUGCUGAAUCUUGACUCCAGAAUCACGGGGUAGGGCCAGUGUUACCGGAUCUCCGUGGGCAGAUGGAGGAGGGGCCGCUUCUCCCACCGCAGAGUGGCUUCGGCAAACUCGCAAUCUGGCAACUUCGCCUCCCCGCAAGUUCCUUCCGCGGCUAAAAUCGCUCCUUCUCUUCAUCCCCGAGGCCUCUGAAAAUAAGCGCCCCUCCACUGCUCUCGGUGAUUCCGCUCUGCCCGCAGCUUGAACACGUCCCCAAAUCCUUCUUCCACCCCAUCACGCUCAGGGGGGUCCUGAGUAAGAACAAAAACGGUUCUGGUGCUGAAGCAAGUCUGACUAGCAUUCAUCCAAGACUUGAGAUCCUUCUGGAGAGGAUGUCUAGUGGACACCAUCGCCGGGCCUGGGGCCGCGCUGCGCGGGGCGGGGUUGUCAGCCUGGAGUUUGCGCAUGCGCCUUGGUUCCGCGGAGACGAGUCUGUUGCCGGGACUGCCGGCCGAGGGCAUCCGAGGGGCGCAGCUCCUGCACCCACGUCCUUUCUCCAGCAGCAGUCUUUUGUCCAGGAGGCCAAAUGCUAGGGAUUUCUCAACAUAAUUUCAAACCAACACUACACAACUCAUGGAAGAAAGACGACGAGUGAUGAGAGAAGACAUCGGGCGGGCGGCCGGUGGGGGGGGGGCCCCCUCCUGCCCCCCCUCCCACUCUCGCGGGCUGGGAAUCGGCCUUCUCUCCAUGUUGCUGUCUCUGCCCGUGGCCCUGGGCUCUCGAAGACGCUUCCUUCCGUGUCCUGGCUGCCAACAGAAUGUAGCUGACUGGCCUUCCUCUGUACUACUCCAAACACCUAGCCCCCAGCCCAAAUCCUCCUGGCCGUAGCAGAGAGUAUUUUUAAACCCAGGUUCUGUUUUAAUCAUUUACAUCGCUUUCUUCUAAGAAAGCCGCCUUCAUAUACCUUCCUUAAUCCACAA